AUGGCUCCGUGGAUGUUGGCUGUGGCCAACCUGGCCACCAUGGCCACCAUGGCCACCAUGAGCAUGCCCCUUGCAACGUUGCCAGAGGGCCCCAUCAUCGCGGCCUGGCAGAACUGGGGAACCUGCAAUGAGACGCAGACCCUGCGGGCCGUGGAGAGGGGUGUGAACGUGGUCUUCUGGUUCAGCACCAACCUCGUGAAAGACGGCGGGCAGCCGAAAGUCACGGGGCCCAUCCCCGAUCUCAACUGUGUGGCCAGGGUUCGCCAACAGAUUCAAGAAAAGCAGCUUCCGACGGCCCAUCUCAUCACGAUCGGGGGCUGGGACGCGCCGCAUCCGGAGGACUCCUUUACGGGUGCCGAGUGGUUUCAAGCCUGGCAUGCCUGGAACCAAGCCUUGCCCAUGCCCUUUGAUGGCUUCGAUUGGGACCUUGAGGGCAAUGAUUACGUCAAAUCUCGGUGGAAUGUCUUCAGCUCGAAGUGCAUGGAGCUCGUGGUGGACAUGUCAGCUGCAGCAAAAGCUGCUGGGUACUUAGUGACAAUGGCACCUCCGCAAACAUAUUUUUCUUCGACCAUGCCCGAUUUCAACCGCUAUCUCAACAACUCCGACCCUGACUAUCAUCCCGACUUUCACUACCGGGGUCGCAACAGCUACGCCUACUGGUGGGCCGCAGCACCUCCAGGUACUUUCGACUUGGUCACGGUUCAACUGUACGAGACCUAUGCACCUGCGAUGCAGGCGCUGUCUGAAGGCAUGUCGGGUGUGGAGUACCUCCGAAGCUGGGCCGCGCAAUUUCUCGGUGGAUGGACCAUCAACUUCAGCGAUCCUUCGCUGAGACUGCAAGGGCAUGUUCCCAUCGUGGUGCCACAAAGCCGCCUUCUCAUAGGACUCAGUUCCGGGAGUCCUCCGCGGUCGGCAUUCUUUUGGCCAGAAGAGGCACAAGAGGCCUACAUGACGGCACCGGAGCAUCAGCGGCCGCGAGGAUAUGCAUUCUGGUGCAUUGCUAUGGAGGACACGAAUCGCUCACAUCGCCGUCUGAGCUUUGCCUCCGGACUGAACAGCUUCCUGCACGUACGGCAAGAUCCACUGGAGAGGAGGCGAUUGGCAUCACAGCUCAAGGUUCGGAAAGAAGCUGCGAAAGACGAGAACUUCUUCUUUCCUUGA